AUGGGAUUAACGUCUCGGCGAGAGAAGAUCGUUCUGUUCGGAGACUCUUUGACGCAACGCGCGAUCGAACAAGGCGGAUGGGGAGAGAGUUUGAACGACCACUUUACGAGAAGAGCGGACGUGUACGUGAGAGGAUUCGGAGGGUACAACACUCGAUGGGCGUUAAAAGUUAUGGACGAUAUCUUUCCCGAGAAAUUCGACCGACGAUUGCGCAAACAUCACCUAACGAUAAUCAUGUUUGGGACGAACGAUAGCGCAAUCGAGGAAAAAACGAGCAAGUUUCAAACGAGCGCGUACGUGCCCUUAGAGGAAUACGAGAAGAACAUGGAGAUUAUUAUUAAUCGAGCGAAGAAGUGCUCGAAGCACGUGAUUGUUCUGGCCCCACCGGCGAUGGAUGAACAAGGACGGUUGAACUAUCAAGUCGAAAUGUACGGCGACAAGGCGUUCGCGAGGUUGGAUAGGUCGAACGAAGAGCUACAAAAGUAUGGGAUGGCGUGUAAACGAGCGUGUAGAAAAUGCGUGGUACCGGUCGAGGAUUUGUUUGUCGCGUUUGAGCACGAUACGAAAGGCUAUUUUACGGAUGGAAUUCAUUUCAACGCCCGAGGACAAGAACGCGUUUGGGAACGGUUGAAAUAUCGAUUAACCAUGGAAGGCAUUCAGCCGGAGAAGAUACAGUUGGAUUACCCCAUGGGCAUUGACUUGAGAGAGAAAGGGCCGGAGUGGAUACAACUAUUCGAGAAAUCGAGAAUGGAGAAUUAUAAGAACAGAAACGGGGUGAUGAGUUUUGACGAAAGUCCGUAUAAUCUCGGAAGAGGAGGUGCGCCGAGUAGUUCGAUUUCGCCACCAUCGACAUCGUCCGCUACGAAUACCGAUGGUGUACCAAUGAGCAAUGUUGAUAACAGUGGUAAGGUUGGAUUCGUUAUGAAUCAUCUGAGUAAGAUUGCGAUUGGAUUCUUCGCCGGUGCGAUUGUCGGGAAAGCACUCUCGUCCUCACCCUCAUCGACGGGCGAGAAAGUGCGCGUGAAAGAAGUCAAGGUUGAGGUUCCGGGAAAAGAGCGAAUCAAAGUCGUGAAAGAAAUCGUGAAAGUUCCGGGCCCAACGCGAGUGGUUACGAGAUACGAAAAAGUACCGGGACCGGAGAAGAUUGUGGAGAAAAUCGUCGAGAAGAAAGUAAAAGUUCCCGGACCGGAGAAGAUUGUGUACAAAGACCGCGUGGUUAAAGAAAAGGUUGAGGCUCCCGGGAAAGAAACUGUUAAAGUUGUUUAUAAAGAUAAGCCGGUGGAGAAGAUUGUCUACAAGGAAAAGAUUGUCAAAGAGAAGGUGGAAGUUCCGGGUAAAGAGAGAGUAAUCACGAAAGAGGUCAAAGUGCCCGGUCCGGAAAAGAUUGUAUAUAAAGACAAAAUAGUCGAAAAAAUCGUCUACAAAACCGAUAACAGCAGGAAGAAUAGUAGCAGCGGUGGUAGCGCAGCAGCGAAAGAGAAAGUUGUCUAUAAAGAGAAGCCGGUGGAGAAAAUCGUAUAUAAAGACAAAAUCGUCGAAAAGAAAGUUCAGGUCCCCGGUCCGGAGAAGAUUGUCUACAAAGACAAGCCGGUGGAGAAGAUUGUCUACAAGGACAAAAUCAUCGAGAAGAAAGUGGAAGUACCGAUCAUCAAGGAGAAAAUCGUCGAAAAAGUCAUCUAUAAGGAGAAGAGCGGCGGUGGUAACAGUAGCCGAGGAGGUCCGCGCCUUCCCGAAGGCGCUCCGAAAGUCACCAUCAAAGUUGGCAACACGGUUGGUUUCUUCUACGAUAUUAAUAAGAAGUAA